AUGAUCGUGGUAUGUAACAAUGUGAUAAACGUUUCGGGGUUAAAAAUUGGGCUAACCAUUGGUUAUAGUCUGAUCCUUGUUCUUUCACUGGCUGGGAAUUCUGCCAUUGGAGUGAUUUUUUAUAAAACGUUAAUCACGGUGCCUUUGUUCUUAGUAAGAUUCUAUACGUCUCCUGUUGAUCAUUGGCUUAUUGGCGGCCCUCUUGGCCAAGCUUUGUGCAAGCUUAUAGUUUACGUACCAGUGGUUUCCUACGGUGUGUCGUGUCAGAGCUUAGUUCUGAUAGCAGUGGAUCGCUUUGUAGCCGUGGUGUUCCCACUUCGUUCCACAGUCAUUAGUUGCAAAUUGUUUCCCUUCGUCAUUACCGCCACAUGGAUCAUUGCUUUGGCUUUUUAUUCGCCGUGGUUGAACAGCGCGAAAGUAGUCGAAGUAAAAAGGCGCAGUGUCUGUUCGGUGAUUGAUAUUUCUGACGAAAUUAAGUCCUGGCAAAUUGCCGUAGUCAUCACAAAUUACAUAAUUAUCAUCAUCACUAUCGUCCUGCUGGUCAUUCUGUACUCCAUCAUCGUCAUCAAGCUCAAACUACAGACACGUCCAGGUGAACAGUCGAAUAAUGCUGAGAAAAAGCGCGCAAAAAGAAACAGGAAAGUGUUAAGAAUGGCAUGUGCUAUCGUGUUAGCAUUUUCACUCUGUUGUGUACCCAUGCUCACUCUUGGUUUUAUGUCCCUCUUUCCCAAGAUCAUGUCUAGUUGCGGUGUUCCUAUAUUUGUUUUUAUUGCCAUAUUCAUGUAUCACGUAAACUGUGCUGUUAACCCGAUUAUUUGCCUUAUUUUUAGCAGUAAUUAUCGCCAAGGUCUUAAGAGAAUUUUGAAAUGCUAA